GGUUUGAUAGAUGUCAGUUGGUUGCAUCGGUCUGACAUUUCUCAUCGAUUUUUUUUAUCUAUUGCGGUUCUGCUCUGCAACAAUAAUGGAUACAGACCGAAGUUGGAUGUAUAAGCGGCUGCAGGGCGGGUUGCUAUACCCAGGUUUUGACGAGCGCGUGCAGGAAUUUGUUAAUUUUGCUUUACGUCAUCCCGCGUGCAUGAGUGGGCCCGAGAUUAAAUGCCCAUGUCCUAGGGCAAGAUGUAAAAAUACGAGUUAUCGAGACGUCGAAACAGUGAAGCUGCACAUUCUGCAGAAAGGGUUUGUGGCAGAUUAUAAAGUCUGGGUUUUUCAUGGGGAGGGAAAUGUUUUAGAUCCUCGUCCCGUUGCACAGAUGCCGGAGUAUGACAUUGACAUGGAAAAUGAGGAGGAAGACGAUUUCAGCUCCGUUCAGAGAAUGAUUAUCGAUGCUGCUGGUCCAGAAGUAGUGUUCACGGAGGAGGAACCGAAUAAUGAAGCUAAACAUUUUUAUAAUAUGAUGCGUGCAGCUGAAGAACCUGUAUACCCCGGUAGUAGCAAACACUCUCCUUUGUCUGCGGCUGUUAAAAUGUUGGACAUCAAAUGUCGACAUAGUGGGUCAGUGGCUUUAGUAGAUGAUGUGACCGAAUUUAUACAAGAGCUGCUUCUAGAGGACAACAAGAUGCCGAAGAACUUUGCCGAAAUAAAGAAGAUGGUUAGAGGUCUUGGGUUGCCGGUUGAAGUUAUCGAUUGCUGUUUACGCAACUGUAUGAUUUAUUGGGGGUCAGACGCGGAUUUAACGCGAUGCAAAAUUUGCGAUCACGAACGGUGGAAACCGGCCCCUAACGGAAAUUCUGCGAAAAGACGAGUUAACGUCCCAUAUAGGAAAAUGUUUUAUUUUCCUAUAACUCCGAGAUUGCAGAGGUUGUACGCUUCUAAAGCCACUGCCAAGCAUAUGACGUGGCACACUGAACACGAAAUGGUUGAUGGAAAGAUGUGUCACCCGUCAGAUUCCCCGGCGUGGAAACAUUUUAGUGAAUUGCAUACAGAGUUUGCGGAAGAAAUUCGAAAUAUCAGACUAGGCCUGUGUACUGAUGGGUUUCAACCAUUUGGGGCCUUCGGGCAGAAUUAUUCAUCAUGGCCAGUAAUUUUGACACCUUACAAUCUCCCUCCAGGAAUGUGUAUGAAAGAUGAGUUCAUGUUUUUAACUGUUAUUGUCCCUGGGCCUCGAAAUCCUAAACAUCAAAUGGAUAUUUUCCUGCAGCCGUUGAUAGCUGAGCUAAACCAACUUUGGGAAUUUGGAGUCCAGACAUUCGACGUUCAUAGCACAUCUGGGAGACUGGCUUGCCCUCACUGCAUGGAAAAUACAGAUGCUUUCACGCUGAAAGGGAGUAGAAAACAGUCGUGGUUUGACUGCCACAGAAAGUUCUUGCCUCGUGGUCACCCGUACCGUCGUAACACAACUCAAUUCCGUAAAGGGAAAACCGUAAACAAAGAAUUCGGACACCCGAAAACCGGAGAAGAAUUGUUGGCAGAGGUGGACAGUCUGGGGUUUAUGAAGGCAUAUGAAUUUGGGGCUGAGAAAAAUAAUGCUGCGAAGUCGGAAAAUUAUGACCAUGCAAAAUCUAGAGAAGAGUUGAAUGACAUAUGUGAUCGGCCUGAGUUAGCUAAAGAUCCGGUUACUGGGAGAUUUCCUAAGGCGAUGUAUGCUUUGGACAGGGACGGGAAAAAAGCUUUACUUGAGUGGAUUAAGUUAAUAAGGUUUCCAGAUGGCUACGCGUCCAACUUGUCCAGAUGUGUCGAUACAAUCGGUCUGAAAAUGCAUGGAAUGAAAAGUCACGACUGCCACAUUUUUAUGCAAAGACUUCUGCCAAUCGCUCUCCGUGAGCUAUUACCGAAGGAAGUCUGGGAGCCUUUAACAGAGCUGAGUAUCUUCUUUCGUGAGUUAACCUCCACGUCUCUAACAGAGAUAGAUCUAGAUCGUAUGAGGCUGGAAAUCCCAAAGAUACUUAGUAUAUAUAUUGACAUGUCAUGUUCACUAACUGAGGAAUGUGGAAUCAGAUAUUUGAGAAAGCUGGAAAAAAAAGUCAGCAAUAAAGGGAGGGUGGAAGGAAGCAUCAGUAGCGGAUACUUGAAUGAAGAAACCGCAAAAUUUGCAGCUUAUUACUUUUCAGAAGGUGACCCAAUGAUACCUGAGCGGCCGCAAAGGAAUGAAGUUUAUGACAUUGAAGUCGAUGACGAUGUGGACAGACUAUCUAUUUUUAAGCCGCACGGGCAAUCAGUGGGUGCUUGCCGCAAGAGAUAUCUUGAAGAUUCUGAGAUUGUUGCUGCUCGGACAUAUGUUCUGUUGAAUUGUUCAGAAAUUGAAAAUUACAGAGAGGUUUUCGAAGGCGAGUUGCGCAGAGAAAACCCUGAAAUCACCAUCUCUCAAAUUGAAGCGAAGUUCGAGAGUCAAUUUGCCUACUGGUUUCAACAAUACGUGCAAGAUCCAACUGUUUGUACUAAUCCCUUUAUUCUUAGUCUCGCUAAAGGACCUCUUAGAUCAGUAAGAACAUUUAAGGGGUACCGUGUAAACGGAUUUAAGUUUCAGACUCAAGCUUAUGGGGAGGAACAGCUUACUAUGAAUAGUGGAGUCUGCGUGAAGGGAACUCAAUAUGUCGACAGCGAAAAUGACUUUUAUGGAGUUCUGACAGACAUAAUUGAGCUGGAGUAUCCGGCUCUUCCAAUGAAGACGACUGUCUUAUUUAAAUGCGAGUGGUUCGACCCAGCACGAAAUUCUGGCACAAUUAGUAACAAAAAAUACAACGUGGUGGAUAUUAAUAACAGAAGGAGAUACAAUAAGUAUGAACCAUUCAUCUUAGCCGAACAGGCCGACCAGGUUCAUUACCUGCCAUAUCCUAGUAAAAGAAGGGAUAAAUUAAAUUGGUGGGCAGUUUGCAGGACAAAGGCAAGAUCUGAACUUGACAUGCCCGAGGGGAUUAUCCCGGCUUUUCAAGACGUGAUAGAAGAAAAUCCUCUCAUUGUUGCAACGGACGACAAUUCGACAUAUUUAGCUGAUGACAACGGAGAAGCUGAAGAAGAUGCGUUGUUCGUGCCUCCUGAUGAAACAGAAUCUGACUUUAUCGCAUCCUCAUCAGAUGAAGAUGAAAUUGAAGAACUUUAG